AUGGCCACCCAGACAAAAGACCGCAUAACCUGCCACGUCCUAGACACAUCGGCCGGAAAACCAGCCCGCAACGUCCGCGUCCAGCUCUCCACCACCAUCCCCUCCCCUCACCCCUCCUCCUCCUCCUCCGCCGUCACCUCCGGCUCCGCCUCCCCCAACACCACCACGCCCGGAGGCGUCCUCAAAGAAUUCGAAUCCACCACAGACGAAGACGGCCGCGUCAAAUCCUGGCUGCCCUUCUCCUCCGCCACCUCGUCGGGCGAGGUCCCCGUCUACACCCUCGACGACGUCCUCGGCGAGAUCGAGGCCGCCUCCGCCUCCGCGGCGACGUCCUCCCGCUGGACUCUCAAGUUCGACACGGCGUCCUACUUUGGCGGCGAGGACGAGACCUUCUUCCCCGAGGCCGUGGUGGUUUUCACGGUGAAGAGGGGCCAGCAUUAUCACGUUCCGUUGCUGUUGAGCCCGUAUAGCUAUACCACCUACCGGGGCAGCUAA